AACCGUGCCGGCUGCUGCCCGUGCUGCCAGAACUAUGAGGGUCCUCUCUGGCAGUAGCCUCGUGCUCUGCAGCCUGCUGCUGCUGCUCCAGGCCCCAUGCAGCCCUGGCCUCGCCCCCCAGUCCAGAGGCCAUCUCUGCCGGACGCGGCCCACGGACCUGGUGUUUGUUGUCGACAGCUCUCGCAGCGUUCGGCCUGUUGAAUUUGAGAAAGUGAAGGUAUUCCUGUCCCAGGUCAUCGAGUCGCUGGAUGUGGGGCCCAAUGCCACCCGGGUGGGCAUGGUUAACUAUGCCAGCACCGUGAAGCAGGAGUUCUCGCUGCGGGCUCACAUCUCCAAGGCCGCACUGCUGCAGGCCGUGCGCCGCAUCCAGCCGCUGUCCACAGGCACCAUGACUGGCCUGGCCAUCCAGUUCGCCAUCACCAAAGCCUUCAGCGAUGCAGAGGGUGGUCAUUCCAGGUCCCCUGACAUCAGCAAGGUGGUCAUCGUGGUGACAGAUGGGAGGCCCCAGGACAACGUGCAGGACGUGUCUGCGCGGGCCCGGGCCAGCGGCGUCGAGCUGUUCGCCAUCGGAGUGGGCCGCGUGGACAAGGCCACGCUGCGGCAGAUCGCUAGCGAGCCGCAGGACGAACACGUCGACUACGUGGAGAGCUACAGCGUCAUCGAGAAGCUGUCCAGGAAGUUCCAGGAGGCCUUCUGCGUGGUGUCAGACCUGUGCGCCACAGGGGACCAUGACUGUGAGCAGGUGUGCAUCAGCUCCCCGGGUUCCUACACCUGCGCCUGCCACGAGGGCUUCACUCUGAACAGCGACGGCAAGACCUGCAAUGUCUGCAGUGGUGGUGGUGGCAGCUCGGCCACUGACCUGGUCUUCCUCAUUGACGGAUCCAAGAGUGUGAGGCCAGAGAACUUUGAGCUGGUGAAGAAGUUCAUCAGUCAGAUCGUGGAUACGCUGGACGUGUCAGACAAGCUGGCCCAGGUGGGGCUGGUGCAGUACUCAAGCUCUGUGCGCCAGGAGUUCCCCCUGGGUCGCUUCCACACCAAGAAGGACAUCAAGGCGGCUGUGCGGAAUAUGUCCUACAUGGAGAAGGGCACAAUGACUGGGGCUGCUCUCAAGUACCUCAUUGACAAUUCCUUCACUGUGUCCAGUGGGGCUAGGCCCGGAGCCCAGAAGGUGGGCAUUGUCUUCACUGAUGGCCGGAGCCAGGACUACAUUAAUGAUGCUGCCAAGAAGGCCAAAGACCUCGGCUUUAAGAUGUUUGCUGUGGGUGUGGGCAAUGCCGUGGAGGAUGAGCUGAGGGAAAUAGCCUCAGAACCUGUGGCAGAGCACUACUUCUACACGGCUGACUUCAAGACCAUCAACCAGAUAGGCAAGAAGUUGCAGAAGAAGAUCUGUGUGGAGGAAGACCCGUGUGCCUGCGAGUCCCUGGUGAAAUUCCAAGCCAAAGUGGAGGGGCUGCUGCAGGCCCUGACCAGGAAACUGGAAGCUGUGAGUAAGCGGCUGGCUAUCCUGGAGAACACAGUCGUCUAAGGCUGCCUGUCGCCACUGUGGCCUCUCCAAGCAUCCUGCACGUGUCCCCCGUAGCUUUGCCAUUUUAGUGAGGGAAGCCAGCCUGGGGGUGGGAGGGGGUGUUUCUGGGUGUGCCUAUUGGGAGUGUGUAAUGGCGUUUGGGAGCUCGUGUGUGUAUGUGCGUGUGUGUGUAUGUGUGCGUGUGCACGUGCGCCUGAGGGUGAGCAUGAGUCUUGCCAGAAUGUGAGUGUGAGAGUGAUAAUGCAGGGGUGAGUGUGAGAGGGACUGCGUUUGCAUUUUUAUAAUCAAAAGCUUAAUAUAUUCCCAUUUUUUUUUAGUUAACCCUUUCUUGACUCUGAGUGCUGUGAAUUUCUUUACUGAUUUCUCUUUUCUCUGGUGAGAAACAAUUAAAUGUGAUUUAACUUAAGCACUGAAUGGGGCUAGAGGCAGUGUGGUUAUUUGGGGACUAGGGAAAAGGAUGGAUGAAGAUGUGGUGGGAGGGGAUGGUUGGAAGGAUGGUAACGGUGGUGACAGUGAUGACAGUGACCACACCAAAACCAGCUGGUGUUUGUCCUGCCUUUUCAGUUACAUAUUCAUUUACUUGACCUCAUUUCACUUCCAGUAACCUUACCCAGAAAAGUCUCAAAUUAUCCCCAUUACAAAUGGGAAAGCUGAGAGUCUAAAUGAUGAAAUGACUUGCUCAGCAGUGGGUCAGUUGGAGAGACAGGACUUGAAUCUAGGACUGAAGAACAUCAAAAGAAAAAGGCUUCAGCGAAAAAGGGCAAUGACACCAGAUAGGACUCAUUUGUUCAUUCAUUCAUUCGUUCACUCAUUCGUUCAGGUAUCAUGUACUUACAGGGCAGUGGCGGGCGGCAGGGGGAUGGUGCUGUAUGAGACAGACAUAGUUCCUGCCCUAGGGGACUUACAGUUGGGCAGGGUGCUCAUGUCACCCCCACCCCAGCCAGAGGAAAAGAGAGUGGGUUUAGGUCGUACCAGGGGUUUGUGCCUCCUCUUGAUACCUGGGAGCCCACGGGGUGUGCGUGAGAUGAUGGGAAGGGCUCCAGCCUGGGCCUGGGUUGCCCUAGGUGCCUCUCCCCUCCCACCCCCAACAUGUCCUGUUGGAGUUCUGUUUGUUUCCUGUGCACAGGCGGCAUCACCCCCAACCCAAAACCCCCAACACAGAUGGCAGCAGCCCCACCUCAGAGACUGCACAAGAGAAAGACUCCUGGCCCCAUGUUCCCUUCCUCCAGCCCUUUGCAGGGUCUGCAGGUCACACCCUGAGAUCUCGGCCACCUCCCCCAGGCCCCUGUUGGACCAGUGCUGCUCUGGAAUCUCCAUCUCUGUCCUCUCAGAGGGGGAGCUUUGGUGAUUUUCUGAACCUAUUCUUGUUUAAUGGAGCAUUUUUAGUGUUACUACUAGAUUCACACUCGAGAGCAUGUCUAAAAGGCUUUUACAAGAAGCUCAGACCACACCGAAAGAUCUUCCGCAGAGGCAGUUCAAAGAGGCAGAAUAACAACACGAAUGGUACCCAAGAGCCACAUCAGUACAACAGCACAAGUACACAAGUGCGACUUAACUGGGACACAGCCACCCUCGCCCCUGUGACCUGACUCCACCUCCUACACAGUUCACCAAGCCCUUUCUCUCUGUCCAUCCCUGGGGCAGGAGUUUUUCUGCUGUCCAAGGAGGCUCCUUGACACAGCCACCCGAGAUGUUAUGACUCUGCUCAUUCUUCCUUUCUUCUGAGAUUAUCCACUCCUCUUUCCUCCCCACACAGGUGGGGCGGGGGAGAGGCAGCCAUGUUGAUAUGGACUGAGAAGUCUCAGCAGUGUGUCCCCAAGGAGGAGGAGGGGGUCGUUAGUGGACGCCAUGGCCUGGGAGCUGGUGGGCAGAAGCAACAGAUGUCCUUGAUGAGUGGAGUCAGAGAUGGGUUGGAAGCCCUGCCUGGGAAUAGCACCUCAUUCUUCCCUGCCCGGUGGGUGGAGUAGUGGCAGGACCUUGUCACCAGGCUCUGAUGGGACCAGCUUCUUGGGAUUUUUCAAUCCCAAACUCUUGCUCUUCACUCAUCACAGUUCUCCCCACGGCUACUCCAGGUCCUCUUGAAAUCUGUCCUCUCCAUAGACUUCCCACAUCCCUCUCUGCUCUAGGUUUGAUUAACAGAAGGUUGUAAAUGAAAACCAGCAUCUCCCUAGGGCAGCCGUGGUCUACUGACAGAUGGCAAGUUACUUUGUAACCUGUAAUUUUGUUUUUUUGAAUUUUGUAUAAGUAAACAGGACUAAACUAA